AUGGUGCGCGAUAUUUAGACUCGGGCAACGUGGUUCCCAAAAAUAAUAAUGUCGAACGCGGUCACUGCAGAACCGGAUAGCACCAGCUCGGCGACAGACGCUGCUGCCAUCAAGCAGGGAGAAACGGGCGCUGCUAAACCGGAGCAGCGGGAAGAGAACGCUGCAGAUUCGGGGAAGAAGGAGGAGAGGGAUGAAAAGCCUACCAAAAUUGAAGGAGGGCAAGAGGCAGAGGCUGAAGCGAAGGACCCUCCACAAGACAACGCAACAGCGGCAGAUCCCGAGCAGCCGCCGACCCUGGCCGACUGUAGCGACGGAGCCAGCGCUGAAGCCAAGCCAGCCGCACCAGCUGAAAAAGCUUCCCCACUGCAAGAAAAGAUAAUCAGACAGGUGGAGUUUUACUUUGGAGAUCGAAAUUUCCCGAAAGACAAGUUCCUCCAGCAAACGGUGGAAUCCAGUACCGACGGCUGGGUUCCACUCACUACUCUGCUCACCUUCAACCGCCUCAAGGCUCUCUCGUCAGAUGCAGUGUUCAUCGCCUCAGCUCUUAGCAAGGCCACUAAUGGAAUCAUAGAGGUAAGUGAAGAUGGGAAGAGUGUACGGAGGCACCCUGACAAGGAGGUACCCGACAUCUUUGACCCCGAGUUCAGGAAAGAGAUGAACGACAGAACUGUCUACGCCGUUAGUUAUCAUACCCUCGCAGUUACACACUCUUACACCGUCACACCCUCCCACACUCAACCCACACUCUCACACACUCACACCCUCCAACACCCUUUUUCGGUGCUAGAUGAUGGCCGCCAUUCCAUCUAUUUUUGACUCAUAAAUUCCCAACUCACCUUGCAUAUGCAUGUACUACAGCACAGGAUGCACUGUGACAACUUUUCCACCUCACACGUACAUAUACAAUGCAAUGUGCUGUGUUACAGAAGGGGUUUCCAGAGGACACACAACUGGACCAGAUUCAGGAGUUCACAGACAAGUAUGGAAAGGUCCACCUCAUCCACAUGAGAAGACUGAAAGAUAGGAAAUUCAAGGUUUUUACAAAUCGUUCUUCUCCCAACACGAGUCGAUUGACCCUCUGCUCUGUAUGUGUGUGUUGUACACGUCGCCCGUCUUUUGAAGGGGUCCGUGUUUGUGGAGUUUGUGAGUGUGGAGGACGCCAAGAAAUUUCUAACGUCUGAGAAAAUCAAGUUCAAUGGAAACGACCUGAUUGUCGAGUGGAAGGCAGACUACUUCAAGAGAAAAGAAGGGGAACGAAAACAGAAGAAGGAGGAGCAGAGAAAGGCCAGUAGUGGAAAGGAAGGAGGAGAAGAGGAGAAAGAUGGAGCUAAAGAGGAGACAAAGUCGGUGGUCAGAGUCAGUGGCUGCAUCCUCCAUUUCUUGGGGGUAGAAAGUGGGAAGCCACGAGAUGACCUGAAAAACGAACUGCUGCCGUUUGGCACCGUAGCUUUUGUUGACUUUCCCCAGGGAAAAACUGAGGGCUAUGUGCGGUUCAGGGAGGAUGAUGGAGCUAAGAGAGCCAGAGAGGGUCUCCUGGGGAAGACCGUGGGCGGUGCAGGAGUUGCUCAGUUGUGUGGCUGCGACGUGGAGCUGAGGGUCCUUGAAGGGGAAGAGGAGGAGCAGUAUUGGCACAAGGUGCUGGAUGGCAAUGGGGGGAAGGAUA